AUGACUGGUUUGCCAGAGCCUGAGGUGUCGGGAGCUGUUGAACCUUCUUUUCCCAUUCCUGGCAAGAGGGGCCGGAAAGAUGUUCCACCUCAGAUAUUUGAGGUGAAGCAGGAUGAGUUGAUAAAAAAUCGACCAAGGGAGGAUCAAGUCAAAAUGAUGGGGGUUGCGUUCGGCCCUGCAUAUCAGCCGGCUUCAACCAAGAACACAGCGGCGUGCCGUCGCCUGAUGUUUCCGAGCGUAAUCUCCCCGAUGGAUCUACCGGACGAUUACCAACCAAAGUACAAAUUAGAAUUUACUUGCUCGGGGAGAUUACGCUCGGAAACAUCAGGCGGCGGCGCCGCCGUGCUGUGCAGUAGACUUGAGGAGGCGUUGCAGAGAGAGAGAAAGAUGGGUACUCUGAAAUUUGUUAGCAUAUGA